GUUGCCUUCUGGAUACAACAAAGGGGGAAGAGACACUUGUAAACGUUGACCAAGAAGGAUCAAGUUCUGAAUCUAACCUGCUCCAUCUGCUGCUGCCGGCUCGUCACAGUAGUCAGUACCGGACGAGGGGGCGUGUGGGGCGGCGUCACGUCAUAUCAGCCGCCGCGCUCUCAUUGGCUGCCGAGUCUCACCCGACACAGCUGUGAUUGUUUUCUGCAGAGGAAGCCGUUCGUCUGUGGUAUGAGCUCUGUGCUGCUGUGGAAUGGAGCAGUGUAUGUGUGCGUGCAUGAGUGAGUGAGUGAGUGAGUGAGUUUGUGCGUGUAAACGAUGAUGUGAACAAACAGAGUGACUGUCAUCCUUGUUGUUGAGAACAGGAGAACGAGGCAGAGGAGUUGUGGGCUUGUUUUUCUCCCCUCAUCGUCUUUGUGGCGCGAAUGAACACAAGAGGAGGUUUGUGUUUCGACCAGACACUGAACACGUCUGGAAACCGAGCCCUGAAGUGCCAAAUGCCCAGACUUGAAGACCACUGCUGGAGCAGCUCGUGUGCAUCAAGAGUAGAAACUAAACACUCACCAUCCUCAUCAUCAUCCUCAUCGUCGUCGUCCUCUGGUGCAAACUGGUUGGCACCCAAAGCUGAAGAAAUGAUGUCCAUCAUCACCUCGGUGCUCAGCAACGCCUAUGGCUCUCUGCACGACGUCCGGACCGCCAACCUGAUCCGGCGGGGUCUGGUGCUCUUCACGGUGGGGGCGAGCCUAGCUCUGGUGCUCAACUUGCUGCAGAUACAGAGACAUGUCACCCUGUUCCCCGAAGAAGUCAUGGCCACUUUGUUUUCGUCCGCCUGGUGGAUCCCACCGUGCUGUGGCACAGGGGCAGCUGUUGUCGGCCUGCUCUAUCCCUGCCUCGACAGCCAUUUGGGAGAGCCUCACAAGUUCAAGAGAGAGUGGGCCAGCGUCAUGAGGUGUAUCGCAGUGUUCGUCGGUAUCAACCAUGCCAGUGUUAAACUAAACUUCGACAACAACGUGCAGCUCUCCCUGACACUGGCGGCCUUGUCCUUGGGCCUGUGGUGGACCUUUGACAGGUCCAGGAGCGGCUUUGGCCUCGGUGUCACCACUGCUUUUCUGGCUACUGUGAUCACACAGCUGCUCGUCUACAAUGGAGUCUACCAGUACACAUCGCCAGACUUUUUAUAUGUGCGCUCCUGGCUCCCGUGUAUAUUCUUCUCAGGCGGCGUAACUGUGGGAAACAUAGGACGCCAACUUGCCAUGGGUGGCGCUGAGAAACCUCACAUGGACUGAAGCGGCGGAAAGAAGCGAAAAACCAAGUGAUGGACGCCCCGGCGCAAAAAGUGGACUAGUUAUGUGAAGAACGAGGAGAGGAAAGACUCAUUGUUUUGACUUGGUUUGUUUUUUAUCACAAACAAGAAAAAGAGAGCCCCUCAUCCGACGUGCCAUGUCCUCUGCACCUCCCUCCGUGUGGCCAAACAGCCGCUCCUUCCCUCCGUCAGUUGAACUCCAUCAGCAUUAAGGCUUCCUUGCCUUUUUUUUUUCCUUUUUGUUGUUUGAUUUUUUUUUUUUUUUAAAUGAACACUUGACUCGUUUGAUUUUUUAUUUCACACUGAAAGUGUUUAUCCUCCUGCACAUUAUGAGGUGGAACCAUGAGUUCUUUGAGUGUGGAUCUUGGUUUUAGCAGAGAGAACAUGCUGAUGUUGUGUGGGGGGGGGAGAGGGGUGGUGUCCUAAAAUGUCUGAUAGUUUUUUUCUUCUUCUUCUUAAAUGUAAUGUGAUUUUAAAAGGGACAUGCAUGAAUGGGCAAAAAAAAAAAAGUCUUCACUCUCUUGUAGAAAUGUAUUAAAUUGUCACAGCGGCUCCACUGUGGCACAGAGGAGAAGUAUGUCCCCAAUCAUCCAAAUAAGUAUUUAUUCAGAGGACUGACCCCAAAGCAAAUGAAUAAUGAUUCCCAUUCUGAAAGAGAGCGUCUGAUACUUAAGAUUACUUAAGAGAAAAUUGAACUUUUGUCUUUCAAGUGACCAUCAAAAAGUGCCAUUUAGUUUAUGACCGAUCUCUACUGGACUUUGUUACGGUAUCUUAUGGCGCCUUUCCACUACAUGGUCCUAGCGCGGCUCGGCACGGAAUGGUUAUUGUUGCCUUUCCAUUAGCGACAGUAGUAGAGUCGAUGCCCAAAUGUAGAUCAAUUGAAAAGACUUCAGCAUCCUGAAAACGUGCUUUAGCAAAGGAGACGUCUUAAAUCGCAGUAUUUAACAGAGGAGUCUGGUGUUUUUAGCGACAGCACUGCUGAAAGCCCGCGAUCUUGAGCCGAAAUCUUUUUAAUCAACUGAUUCUAAUGACCCGGUUAGCAACUGAGUCAGUGAGGAGGUAUUAUAGUCAUGGAAAACCAACCAAACCGUGAAGAGUCCAGCCGUGCCGAGGCUUGGUGGGACCAUGUAGUGGGAAAGCGUCAUUAAUGUCCCGGUUACCUGUGAACAGUAUCACAUUUAAAGCACCGACAAAGAAAGUAUUUGCAUGGAACUUAAACAAAGUGCUUUAAAAUCUCUUAAAAUGCAAUGAGUUUUUAGAGAAAAGCUAUUUCUUGCCAGUUUAAAAAACAAUUUCAAAAAUCGUAGGAUGAACCCGCCGAUAUCCCGUUUGAAUUCACGUUGGGAACAUACACCCAUCCAAGCAGAGAGGACAUAAGAUUUGCAAUCUGUGAUUGCCGGUGUAUUAUAGAAUGUAGUGCUUUUGUCACUAUAACUUUAGUUUUUCCUCAUUGGUACAAACAUUGUGACAUUAAUGCUUGUAUGUAUAAUGGCUUGCCGAUGUAAUCAGACUGGUGUGUUACCAUACUAGACCUACAGUGUGUUAGUUAGUACUCGGGGGGGUCUAAAGGAUUAAGUGCAAUCAGAGUAUAUACAUGAGACGAUUUCUUCUUCUUUUUAUUUAUUAUUAUUAUCAUUAUUAUUAUUUCUGACAAAAGCUAAGAAAAAAAGAAAGUAUAUAACUUUUUAAGUAUAUGCAGUGUGGGAUAAAGAAAAAAAGAAGCAAUAACAUCUUUUGUUUUUUGUGAAUUGAGUAUUUUUGUCUUUUAGAAUCAAUACCAAUGACUCUCACCAGAGAGACCACGUUAAAUAAAUAAAAAAACAACUCAUUUACAGUAGUAGCAUUACUGAAGGAAACCUGAUUUAUUUUUGUAAAGACAUUUAAUGGCAGAUCACUUCAGGUCCAUCUGCUCACAUUCAGGUGUACUAAACUGAAGAGAAAGCUUUAUUUUAUUUUUUAUUUUAUUUCUUUCUGAGGUGGUGAAGCACCUUUAUUUUGUUUUGGACGUUUUAGUGUUUCUCCGUGUGUCUGAUAUUUCAGCUGUGUAUCGUUUUUGCUACCUUGGAUUUAAGUGAAAAAAUAAAAAUCAGCUGAUAAGGAAAA